CAUGAAAAAGAUAAAGUGGCAAAAUCGUCAAAAUUAUCUGUCAUUUUCGCUGAAUAAUUUUUAGUGGACGUAAACCUCCGAGAGCACAUAUUGCAAAAUGUUAUUCGUCAAAUUAUUCAUGCAUUUAAAAUCAGGAAAAUCUAUUCCGUUUGAUUCUUGUCCUCUUUUUUACACCAAUUUUAAGGUUAUGUUUAGAUUCUCCGGAUGAUGUGGAUUAGGUACUCAUACUUCGUUCAACUUUUAAUUUAUUUUAUGCCCCCAAUUAAUUACGCCAAUUCUAUUGUCACUACUUUUUGAAUGAAUCACUACCGUUAUUAACCACACCUCCUCAUAUUGAAACUCUUAGUCAUGUGUUUAUCUCGCGCUUAUCAGUGGUAACAGUCCUCUUGUGAUGAAAACCACCCACCCCUUUGUAGAGUUAAGAUCCUGAUGAUUCAGUUCUCGUUUACUCUAUCCCUUUCUUUUCCUGUGAUAGUGGACCUGUAGUUCGUAAAUCAAGUGUUCCUAAAUUUAGUGAUAACUCAGCCUCAUGCUAGGAAUGCAGAUUGUUAUGGCUCCAACGAUCGCUCUCUAGUUUCCAUUUUUAAGCAGGAUACAAUGACUAUGUGAUUCAGCAAACCUGUUUACUAACUUGAAGAUUCAUCCUGGCUCAGCAUUAAACCUUUGCCUGUAUUACUAUGUAUUCAUCAAAUUUUGGAUCAAUUAAUGCUUCCGGAGGUGUCAAUGAAAGUGGCAACUCUGAGGCGCUCGAUUACAAUGUCAGUAGUGGAGACAAGAUUUCACUGCGGCCAACCAGAAGCAGAAACGUGCUCUCAUCAGUUCUUGGUGCUUGUGGCUUUGAUGGAGGUAGAGAACGGUCAUCCUCUGGAGGCUAUGUGGAGUUCGGCAACAUUGGCGAAGAAAAUUCAAGCCGAACGCUGGGCACAUUCAGCGGUGUCUUUAGUCCCGUAGCCCUGUCAAUGUUCAGUGCUCUUCUUUUCCUCCGAGUUGGUUUCAUCGUCGGAAAUGCUGGUCUGCUCGUAACUUUAUUACAAUUUGGAAUCGCAUACGGGAUUCUUAUCUUCACAGUAUUUUCGAUAUGCGCUAUAUCAACCAAUGGGCCUGUAGAAGGAGGAGGCGCUUACUUCAUGAUAAGCAGAGUACUCGGUCCAGAGUUAGGGGGCUCCAUUGGCACCUUGUUCUUCUUGGCAAAUGUUGUUAGUAGUGCAUUGUAUAUCGUUGGUUGCACAGAGGGUCUCAUCGAUAACUUUGGACCUUCAGGAUAUCUUGUAAGUGAGGAGGGCAUAUUGCCGGAUGGACCAUGGUGGAGAUUCUUCUACGAAUCAAUGCUGAAUUUGCUGAACCUAUUUGUCUGCCUCAUUGGUGCUGGAAUGUUUGCUAAGACCAGCGUCGUGAUCCUACUUGUUGUUGUGAUCUGUCUUUUAUCUGUGAUUUUUAGUUUUUGCACUCAGUCAGCAAUGCAGAUUCCUAUACCAUCUGCCAACACGCUCAUAAAUGGAACCAACCACACUACAGAUAUCACAUACACGGGAUUAAACUUUACAACCUUCACAGAGAACUUGUUUCCUAAGUAUGGAGAAGACUAUACCUCACAUGGAGACAUUGUGACUUUUGCAUCUGUGUUUGGUGUCCUGUUCAGCGGUGUCACGGGUAUCAUGGCAGGAGCCAAUAUGUCAGGUGAACUGAAGGACCCUGCUCGCAAUAUUCCUCGAGGCACAAUCUCUGCUGUUAUUUUUACUUUGAUAGUCUACGUAACGCUUUCAAUGCUGACAGCUGCCACCACCACAAGAUUUUUACUCCAGAAUUCUUAUGUAUUUCUUUUGCCCAUCAACGUCUAUCCACCAUUUGUGACAAUUGGUAUUCUUACAGCAACAUUCUCUGCAUCCCUGUCAAAUUUGAUUGGAUCCAGUCGGGUGUUGGAAGCUUUGGCAAAAGAUAAUGUCUUUGGGAGGCUCUUGAAUUUCGUCUCUAAAGGGGUCUGGCGGAGUAAUCCACUGGCUGCUGUGUUCACCUCAUGGCUUCUUGUCGAGGUCAUCUUAUCCAUUGGCUCGCUGAACACAAUAGCCCAAGUCAACUCAGUUCUCUUUUUGCUGUCUUAUCUGGCAACAAAUUUGGCCUGCCUGGGUCUGGACCUCUCCUCCGCACCUAAUUUUAGGCCGUCUUUCAAGUACUUCUCAUGGGCAACAGCUCUUUUGGGUCUCAUAGGAACACUCUUCAUGAUGUUCAUCAUCAAUCCAUUAUAUGCUUCUUCCAGUAUUGCGUUAUGUAUUUUGCUUGUUUCACUCCUACACCUGUUCUCACCAGCCCGUUUUGCUCCAUGGGGCUCCAUAUCUCAGGCUCUUAUUUUCCAUCAGGUGCGGAAAUACUUGUUACUGCUCGACUCUCGGAAAGAUCAUGUUAAAUUCUGGCGACCUCAAAUCCUUCUUCUAGUAGGAAAUCCACGCUCUUCUUGUCCUCUGAUUCACUUUGUUAAUGACCUGAAGAAGAGUGGACUGUAUGUCUUAGGCCAUGUCAAAGUUGGACCCGAAUUCAGCAGUCUGGAGGAGGACCCGUUAGUCGACGAGUAUCCCACCUGGUUGACAUUGAUCGAUCACCUGAAGGUGAAAGCUUUUAUCGAAUUGACGGUUGCAAAGUCAGUGCGUGAAGGCGCCCACCACCUCAUCCGAAUAUCAGGGAUGGGCGCAAUGAAACCGAACACUAUCGUCCUUGGAUUCUAUGAUGAUCUUAAUCCACGAGACUUUUUUGCUGACGUGAAUUCCCAUUACCAGACACACUUAUUCCAGCGCUCAGCUAUGGACAAAGAGGCGUUCAGUUUGCGCAAGAUGAACGAAGUGAAAAAACUCUCGUGCGACGAGUAUGUUGCCAUCAUGGGAGACAUUCUCAAGAUGAAAAAAAAUAUAUGCGUAUGUCGAAACUUUCAUAUUUUGGACAAAAACUCCAUUGCUAAUAGAGCCUCAAAUUACAAGUACAUUGAUGUUUGGCCAAUUAAUUUCUUUAAACCGAAUCAAGAAGACCCCUUCGAUACAAGUAGCUUGUUUAUGCUACAGCUGGCUUGCAUCAUCAGAAUGGUUGCAUCGUGGAAACACCUCCAGCUACGAGUCUUUUUGUGUCAUGGUAUCACAUCAGCUGCAGAUGGUGAUAUUGGUGAAAUUUGCAGAAAUCAAGAGGCGAUCUUUCACCAACUCCUUCAAUCGCUGAGAAUAACAGCCGCUGUUUAUCAAGUUCCCAGCUGGACAAAAGUUUUGUCAUCUUUAGGAGGAAGUCCAAUUUUACAUAAUCAAGGACCCGUUGACAAAAACUCAAAAGUGUACUUACAAAAAGUCAACAAAAUGAUUCAAGAGCAGUCCCAAUCAACAGCAAUCACUUUCGUUUACCUGCCUCCGCCUCCGAGAGAUCAUAUGGAUCCAAGUGGCAGUGCUAUCGCAGCCACAAGAGAAAACUAUCUCCAAUGUCUGUCAGAACUCACCACAGAGCUCCCACCGACAGUGCUCGUAUAUGGCCUCAGUGCGGUCACUUCUACAACUCUAUAAUUUCCAAGACUUGAGAUAGUACCUGACUUUGUGCAAUUUUAUUUUUCCGUAUUUUUUUCUGUUUUAGUAUUUUAGACCUUUAGUGCACUAACUGUUUAUACAGAGUAUCAUGAUCUGGAGAUGCAUUUGAUUGAAAUUAUUUGAAAUAAUAAUUUUUUUGGUGAACUUUUUUAUUAGUUUGCUUAAUAGAGGUCUAUUGUCAUGAUAGGCUGAACUAUCGGAUGAAAUUGAGCAAAAAAGUCACACCUACAUUGCGGUAUUUUGAAAUCUCAUCUAUUUUAAUUUAUUGGAAGGUAACCAACCAAUAUUUUCGCUUAAAAUUUCGUAAACUUAACAUUCUUGUAGGUAAGAAAAAUUGCAUCAAUUUUUUUGGUUGUUUUCCACCCAGAGAAUGAAGAUAGAACUUAAUAUUCUGAAACACUGCACUGUAGGUUUGAGUAAUUUCUUAACUCAAUCCAAUUUUUGCCCUCUCUUUUUUUGGUAUUUUUGUUUUACAGCUGUUUAUUAUUAUGUGAAGUCAGCUAUUUUGCAUCAACUUGAGAAGUUAUUUCAAGUAAAUAUGCACCCCUCUCAAGUGGAAUUAAUAUUGUGUCUCUUACCCUAUUUAAGCUUAUCCAUCCAAAAACUGCAAGGUCAUUCCACAUCAACUAAACCAGGUAAAUUACAGAUAUUUUUUUCCAAUUCACCAUCAAAAUGUAUAAAAUCAAUUUAUCAAAAUUUGAAAAUACUCGUCGAUUGGUUACUGACCUUACGAAUAUAGAAAUCGGCCGGAAAUGCUCUAAAAUGACGGGAAAACCCGAUUUUUUGCACAGUAACCGAUUUACCUCACGUAAAGUCACUAUUGUAUUCAGUUUUUCUUCUCUUUGCUUCAACCUUUGAGUACAUACUUAUGAGUAAAUAACACCUACUAACGUGCAUCGAUUGGUUACGGAUCCAAACGGAAAUUAAUAUCGGCCGGUAUUUCUUAACAAAGACAGAAAAAGCCGAUUUUUCGCACAGUAACAGAUGUAUCUUAUGCAAAGUCACCACCGUUUCCAGUUUUUUCCACUCUGUUUCAACCUUCAGGUACAUUUUUUUGAGUAACCAACACUUGCUAACGUGCAUCAAUUCGUUACGGAUCCAAACGGAAAUGGAAAAUUCUGAGUUGUCAUGGAAUAAGUUUGAAAGGCGUUGUAAAGGUGAGGCACCUUGUCAAAGAAUAAGAUGGGAGAGUAGAGAAAUGAAAGAUGGAAUUUUGAAAGUGGCCGAAAAGAGUUGAUUUGUACAAGAUUUACAAGAAUUAGUCACACUUAGAGGGAUGUGCCUUAAGGGCUGGAGAGGCAUGCAGACCGGGUCUGGUUAAAACCGGACAAGACCAUGAAAAAUGGGCAGCACACACUUACAGACUUGAUGACGUCACGGGUGGUGAGACUUCAAGUCUGUAUACGAUUGGCUAGCUAUAAUCAGUGGAGCUAUCAGUUGCAAUUGUAGUAGGUAAUUAAAAAUUAUGGGCAGUUAAAAAAGAUGGUCGCAGGAUAACAAGAAAAAGUGAGAUUUGUAGGAAAAAAAGACUGAUCCAGCCAACCUUAUGAGUUAUAUAUGAGACUAAGGAAAAUAAUGAAAAUGAAAUAUGGGAAGUUGUUGAUACGAGUUUUCCAAAAUUAGUUGCUACAAUUUCCGUUUUUUUCCCCUACUUCAAGCCAAUGGUCUUCAUCCGACCAGUUUAUAUUAUACAUUAUGCAGUGGUUGGUUAAUAAAUAUACACAUGGAAUCAGAAAUAGACCGGAAACUGUAGAAAAAUGGCUAUAAAAGACGAUGAUCAAGGAAAAUUCAUUUGAAUCGAUCUAUAGAAACCAAUGUUAUCAUUAUAAAAAUCCUGUAUUGUAAAAGUGACGGUUGAAAAAUAUGAUACACUUCAUCGAUCCUUGGAGGACCUUUCUGGAAGUGGACUGGUGGAGGCAGCCUGACACUCCUUCUAAAAAAAAUAGAAACCGAGGCAAAAUAUCCUUACAGCACUCCGAUGGCUUCUGCUUAUUUUCAUCAAGGAUAUUUUGUUCCUACACGUAAAUAAUGGUUAAGUCAAACUUCAAUUUCUUACUCAAAUUCAUUCACUCAUUUUACUGUAACUUUUGCUGGGGUAGUCAGUCAAGUUGAAGUCUUAGGAACAUUUUAUCCUUAUCUGGACAUCGUUUGCUGACAGAUCCCUUUCAACCGCCUCCAUAUAAAAAACCAUCCAUCUCGGUCUUUUUUGAGCAUUUCCGGCCGAUUUCUAUUUUCGGAAGGUCGGUAACCAAUCGACGAGUAUCUUUAAAUGUUGAUAAAUAAAUUGAUUUCAUAUAUUUUGAGGUUGAACUGGAAAAAAAACGGGCUUUUUUGAGUAUCGCUAAAAUUCACCCCAUCUUUGGGGGUCGAUAUCUUGCGAAGAGGGCGUCAGAUGGAUAAACCCUUCAAAUCAGUUUCUUAGAAUGAUGUAAAGACCCCGUAUACUAAUUUUCAGCCAAAUCGAAGGGGGUCAAGUACCGAGCCUGGUUGAGUUGACAUGGAAUGACCCUCAGAUACUAAAAUAGAUAAUUUAAUUAUUAAAGUAGUAAAAUCAUUUGGUGGUUAUGCAAAUGUGAUUAUAUUGUGAUAUUUUGGAUGAUUAUAUUUUGAAUGAAUUCUAUUGAAGUGUUGUAUCCCCAUUUCGGAAUUAUUAUUUUUUUUUUUCCAUUUUGGAUAGUUAAUCUCUUUCCACACCCAGUGCUAGAAAUGGAUGAACCGGUUGUUUUCAUCUCCAAAGUUUAUCUGGCUUUCAAACUUUGCAAAGAAAAUAUACUCCUAAGCGGCUUUUUUUGUUUGUGUAUAUUAGGUACUUAGCUAAUGGUAUCUUAUUCACGCUUUCCAUGCAUUUUUCAGUAUUUAAUUUUUUUUUUCUGUACAGAAUGGUCAUACUAUCUCUUGAAGUUAAUUUUUAGGGUGAACUACGAUUGAUAACUAGGUGUGUGCUUUUGCAAACGAAUAUUCUAAGAAAAAGAACGGUUGAUCAGCUUGCAAAGGUGCAAAAUAAUAAAUAAUGCUAACGGCAACACUGCAGCACAUAAUUAAAAAAAUAAUGCAUGCAAUAUUUGAGAAACCAAACUUUUUCAAGUCAUUCCCAGAAAUUAAGUUCCCAGCUGCAGUAGUUUUUCAUCGAUCGUUAGUCAAACUCCUAAUUUACUUUAAAAUUGUAGCUCGUAGUUUUAAAUUAUUUUUAAGUUCACUUAGUUGGAUUGUAUUUAGCUGAAGGGAACCAGCACAAUUACAGUGUUUUCAAAAUUGAGCAACUUCUUUUCUUUAAAAAAUACUAAAUGUAUUCACAGUAUUAAAAUUUACACAAUCAAUUUCCUCUGAAAUUAACAAAUUUUUGGUGGAAAAUCAAAUUAAACUCUUUGCUACCAUGGAAAAAUGUUUUGAUAAAUAUGAAGAUGCACGAUUUUGAGAACACUGUAAUUGCGCUGGUUCCCUUUUUUUAAUGCAAUCCAAUUAUUGAUUUGGCAGUCUAAAAGUGUGAGUAUUACAUAUUAACCCUGUAUUGAGACUGAGCAAAAAUUAAUGUUAGCAGCAAUUUAAUUCCAGACUUUACUGUCCUCUGCUAUAUUAUUUGUUAAGACGCAAUCGAGAUCUCUUUAAAUGAUUGAAAUGGAAUUUUGAAAGAGGUACCCCGAUAUGAUAGGAGAUCUUGUAUUGUUGACUCCCUUUCAGUAAUACCAUUUCAUUGAUGGCAGUUAAGUUAACGCGGUAAUGGUUUCAUCUUUUAGAGAGACAAUAAGAGUCAAAUAUUGUGAAUGUGUAUUACCCACAUUUUUACGAUUCAUACCACUUCUUACUUAUACCAACAAUAAUGUGCGAGACGUUGACUGCCAUGGUGCCUGUGCUUAGGUUUCCAUACAGCUAUGUGAUCAUUUUGACAAUGAAUAUUUUAAGCCUUGAAAAAAUUUCCCUUGCCCAGGUGCGGUACAAGCUGCAGAUAUUACAUAGUUUACAACUCUGUAAUUGUAUUACUUUGAAGAACCACUCAGAAUCUGUCACUCGUAUUACUUUAUUUUGUCAUCGUGACAAUGAGACCUGUGUCACUUCAGCAGAAACACUUUUGGCCAGUUUUAAUGGUAAACAUGGCAGUCAGCAAAUUAAUCUCGUAACAAUGUGAGUUUAGUAGGCUUUCAAGUGGAGCUUGUCAAAUUAUAGAUUCCUGUGAUAUCACUGAAACGGACUAUUUAUAAAUGCAUAGUUUUUAAAACGUAAAAUCACUUUUUGGUGGCAAAACUUUACUGAAUUCUGAAAAGAGAAUAAAUAAGUGCAAAUUUUGGGUCAUCUCCCGUUCAAAUCUUGUUAAUCUGUUCAUCCCUACCCUUAAGGUGGCUAUUCAACUUUAAUUAUCAUAGAAGAAUAUAUAAGAAUAAUUUUGUAAUUAAAUUACUUCCAAGAAUAAAGGUAGACUUUUUGCAAUUUAGCAAUGAUUGCGAAAAGAUGGUUGAUCACUUUAACCUGACGUUCGUUUGACUCAGAUUUCCAUUGACCACUACUUAGUUUUAGGACCAAAGAUUGUUAAAUUUAACUUGACAAGAAAAUAAUUUGCUUAAGGGGAAGUAAAAUUUUAAGAGAGCUAAAUGAAUAUUCAUUUCUUUAUAUAUUUGCCACCCACUGGCACUGAAUUGAAAGGAAACAGAUGUAAUAUUAGCUGUAAACAAAUCAAAGAUGGGAUUUAAGAGAAAUUUCAAUUGUAUUACUUGCAAUUACUUUAUUAUUAUUUUUCAAAUCUGAUCCUUUCUUUUCAUUUAGCAUGAAUCUUUUGUAGUCUAAUUGUUUACGUCAAUUGUAAGUAAUCAUCGUACUUAAGAAUUCUCUCAUUCAUAUGUGUAGUAAGUUGAGUAUAUAUUUAAAAUUGCUUUGCCUCUUGCCCCGUGUUGUUCAGCAGUUCUCUAAUUUUAAAUGUUAUGUUUGUACAAGUAAAUAUUGAAGCACUUAAAAGAUUAUUCUCAUAAUUCUGCUGCAAAGGAAAGGCUUCUUUUUAACCUCAGAAUCAGAAUACUGCCUCUUAGUUGCUUUUUUACAGUCUUAUUUUACUUUAGAUAUUGAUUGAAAUUAAGAUGAAAAAAAUUUGUAUCAUUGAAACUUACACUGAAAAUUGCUAAAAAUUGUAGCUAUUCAAAGUUAUGUGAUUGAUGUCUCUUGUGUAUUUUGCCCGUUUCCAUUCCGCAUAUAUUCUUUUUUAUUCCAGGUUAACAAGUGCCUUUAAAGUGCUGUUUAGAAUUAAGUUUAAAAAAGACAUCUCUGUAUCGAUUUCUUAUUAUUUUUAAUCAUUUAUAUUCUUCCACUCUAAUCCUGUCUGAUUUAUGAAGCUCUUAAGAGAAAUAUAACUGUACUGUAAGCUUUUACCAAAUGCUCAAAAUUCUCAGUGUUUAGAAAUUAAAAUAUAAUUUGUAUUUUUAACACAGUAUAAGAAAUGAAUUAAAUAUAUUCCUUUUUUAGGUGUUCUAAA